CAAAAAAGCUUACAUCCCUUGGUCGUCGUUCUCAACAACAACACACGUUCUUCGUUCGUCGACGCCGACGACGAACGAACGCCACGAUGACCGACGCAUUUAUCGACCACUUGGACCGUCUCCUGUCGUACUACGAAUCUCCUCCUCAUCUAACAAACUCUUUUCAUGUCGCUCCUUUAAGUUCCAACUUUAUCGAUGCAGAGGAUUGGCGGUUUGGUGCCAUCCUGAAGACUGUAGGAAAGAUCGUUGGAAGGAUGAGGAGGGCAGAGGGCAAGCUCCGAGGGAUGGGUUAUUCCAUUGAUUACGCUGACGAUGUCAACAACGUCAACGGCAUCAACCACAACAGCGCAGGCCUUGUCGAGGGUGAUCUCGACGACGACGACGACAGCGAUUAUGGAACACCCAAGUCUUCACCAUCACCUUCCCCUACUAACAAACGUAACCGCUCUCCCCCUCAUAAACUAGGUCUUUCUGACCUUCCUGCUCAUCCCACGACGACGACGAACACAUCCUCCUCACACAACUCACAUGCAGGAAGCAACGGUACGCUAUCCAGCUGGAAACAUAUCAGGACACCCUACGGCAUCGCAUCUGUCCCGUCCUCCUCCUCCCAAAUCUCCACCGAAAAACCCGACGAAAGCACUCAGUCCAACGCUCAGCUUUACAACUACACCAUGUACGGCGGAUACGGCUACAUCCCCACCAUUCCACCUGAAAUGCCUAUCGCUGAGCGAGAAUCUUACUUCGUUCGAAACACCACCACCGGCGGUCCUUCUAUCUCCGCUCCCCCUACCUCUCACAUCGACUAUGGCGUCUGUCCUCGCUGCCUCACCCGGAUUAACGACGCGAUGACAGCAGGUCGAAUUCACUCUUUCUCUGACGGCUCUAUUUCUGUGAAUGGUGGUGUGAACGGUGGUAGUUCACCCCAAGUGGUGCCAUCCGGUGGAGCCUUGGAGACGGCAGCGAUCGAGAGCGGGUUGAGUGCGGUCGAAGAGUUGAAGUUGCUCAAAGCGCAGGUUCAGGAUGUGGCUAGGGUCUGUAAAGCUGUUGCUGCUGGGGAUUUGAGUCAGAAGAUCACGGUGCCCGUGCAGGGGAUUGUAAUGGUUAGUUUGAAGGAGGUUAUUAAUCAGAUGGUCGACAAACUAGGUCAGUUCGCAAAGGAAGUCACGCGUGUGUCUCAAGAAGUCGGAACGGAAGGCAAAUUGGGAGGUCAGGCAUUCGUAUUGGACGUUGAAGGGACAUGGAGGGAGUUGACGGGGGUCGUCAACAAGUUGGCUGCUAAUUUGACGUCUCAGGUUCGUUCCAUCGCCAAAGUGACGAAAGCGGUAGCGCUCGGCGACCUUUCUAAGCAGAUUGAAGUCGACGCGCGAGGGGAGAUACUUGAUCUCAAAAACACCGUCAACGGAAUGGUCGUCCGACUUCGUGCGCUUGCUGCUGAAGUCACUCGGGUCACCCUCGAAGUAGGAUCUCAAGGAAAAUUGGGUGGACAAGCGAACGUUCCGGAUGUAGAGGGUGUGUGGUUCGAGUUGGUUAGGAACGUCAACCGGAUGUGUUCGAGUAUUACGGAUCAGGUUAGGAGCAUCGCGAUUGUGACGACUGCUGUAGCGAGUGGGGAUUUGACGCAGAAGAUUGAGAUUCAGGUUGAGGGGGAGAUGGCUACGUUGAAGAAGACGGUGAAUAAUAUGGUUGACCAAUUGGGAGCUUUUGCGAGUGAAGUGACCCGUGUAGCGCUUGAAGUGGGUACGCAGGGUAUUUUGGGAGGGCAAGCUAAGGUGGAAGGUGUACAAGGCACUUGGGCUGAUUUGACUAGGAAUGUGAAUAAAAUGGCUUCAAAUUUGACGAACCAAGUCCGAUCGAUCUCUGAAGUGACGAAAGCCGUCGCUCAAGGAAACCUUAGCAAGUUUGUAGAGGUUGACGUGCAGGGAGAGAUGCUUGAUUUGAAGGAGACGGUCAACUCGAUGGUGGUACAGCUAUCAACGCUAGCCAACGAGGUCACUCGCGUGUCGCUGGAAGUAGGAACGGAAGGAAUAUUGGGUGGCCAAGCGUUCGUGCCUGCCGUACAGGGAGAGUGGAAGUCCCUAACCGACAAUGUCAACUUGAUGGCCAUGAACCUUACCAAUCAAGUCCGUUCGAUAGCCGAAGUCACCAAGGCUGUCGCUUCCGGAGACCUCAAUAAGAAAAUCGUUGUAGACGUAAAAGGGGAGAUUGCGGAUUUGAAGGAGACCGUUAACCAGAUGACGGAGAGUUUGAGUGUGUUUGCUGAUGAGGUUACGAGGGUUGCCAAGGAGGUAGGAACGGAGGGCAAGUUGGGAGGGCAAGCUAGGGUUGCGAAUGUUGCGGGUACAUGGAAGGCGUUGACGGAUAAUGUGAACGUUAUGGCUAACAACUUGACUCUGCAAGUACGAACGAUCGCUGUUGCGACUACUGCUGUCGCAAGGGGAGAUUUGACGCAGAAGAUCGUUGGCGUCUCGGUUAGUGGCGAGAUGUUGAACUUGGUCAACACGAUCAAUGACAUGAUUGAUCAACUUUCGAUUUUCGCUGUCGAAGUGAAGAAGGUGGCUAGAGAGGUGGGAACGGAGGGCAAGUUGGGCGUUCAGGCGGAAGUUGGGAAUGUACAAGGGAUUUGGCAGGAGAUUACACUAUCCGUGAACACCAUGGCAGGCAAUUUGACGACCCAAGUCCGAGGUUUCGCACAGAUCUCGGCUGCUGCGAUGGAUGGCGAUUUCACGAGGUUCAUUACGGUCGAAGCGAGUGGAGAGAUGGAUAGUUUGAAGACGCAGAUCAAUAAUAUGGUGUUCAAUUUGAGAGAUAGUAUCCAGAAGAACACGGCGGCGAGGGAAGCUGCCGAGCUAGCUAAUAGGAGUAAGAGCGAGUUCUUGGCGAACAUGAGUCAUGAGAUUCGAACGCCCAUGAACGGGAUCAUUGGAAUGACGGAGCUCACGCUCGACUCUGACCUCAACAGGUCACAGAGGGAGAGCUUGCUUCUCGUACAUUCGUUAGCCAGGUCCCUGCUGUUGAUCAUUGAUGAUAUUUUGGAUAUCUCGAAGAUCGAAGCUGGCCGUAUGACAAUGGAAGCCGUAUCUUACUCCCUACGCCAGACCGUCUUUGGAAUCCUCAAAACCCUCGUCGUCCGAGCAUCUCAAAACAACCUCGACCUCACGUACGACGUCGAACCUGAUAUCCCGGACCAACUCAUUGGUGAUUCACUCCGAUUACGACAAGUCAUCACCAAUUUGGUUGGGAACGCCAUCAAGUUCACGCCUAGUAAAGUGACUAGGAAGGGACAUGUUGCGUUGAGUACGAGGUUACUGGCCAGUGACGACCAGAGUGUCACGUUGGAGUUCUGUGUCUCUGAUACGGGGAUUGGGAUUGCAAAGGACAAGUUGAACCUGAUUUUCGAUACUUUCUGUCAGGCGGAUGGGAGUACGACUAGGGAAUACGGCGGAACCGGGCUCGGUCUUUCCAUCUCCAAACGUCUUGUGUCUCUCAUGCAAGGCAAUAUGUGGGUGGAAUCCGAAGUUCAGAAAGGGUCGAGGUUUUACUUCACGAUUACCUCUCAAAUCUCGCAACCGUCUUUGGAGAACACACUGGCGAAGAUGGUACCGUUCGCGAAGAGGACGAUUCUCUUCGUGGAUACGCUAUAUGAUCAGACGGGUGUUGUGGAGCGGAUUACGGAGUUGGGGUUGAAGCCGUUUGUGGUACACGAGGUUGGGCGAUUGGCGGAUAAGGAGCAAUGUCCGCAUAUCGAUACAAUUGUGGUUGAUUCGUUGGCUGUGACGGAAUCGAGUCGAGAGAUAGAACACCUGCGAUAUAUCCCUAUCGUCCUCCUUGCGCCUUCUAUGCCUCGUUUGAACCUCAAAUGGUGCCUCGACAACUCUAUCACGUCUCAAGUGACCACACCUGUAUCUGCUCAAGACUUAGCAUCAGCACUCGUAUCUGCCCUGGAGUCGAGUACGGUUUCUCCAGUUUCUGCACCCAACGAUGUCACGUAUGAUAUCCUCCUCGCAGAGGACAAUCUUGUGAACCAAAAGUUGGCGGUGAAGAUAUUGGAGAAGUAUGGGCAUAGUGUGGAGAUUGCUGAGAAUGGAAGUUUAGCGGUUGAAGCGUAUAAGGCGAGGAUAUUCCAGAGUCGGCCGUUCGAUAUUAUUCUGAUGGACGUUUCGAUGCCGUUCAUGGGCGGAAUGGAAGCCACAGAGUUAAUUCGGUCGUAUGAGAUGCAUAGCGGCUUACAGCCGGUACCGAUUAUAGCGCUGACUGCCCAUGCUAUGAUCGGUGAUCGUGAACGCUGUCUACAAGCCGGAAUGGACGACCACAUCACGAAGCCUCUCAGACGAGCUGAUUUAUUGAACGCGAUCAAUAAGCUUGCGGGGGAGAGGGGCGUGAGCAAGCAUUUGGGUAUCAGGAGGCUUGGGCUCGGGUCUGCUGCUGCCACUGCUGCUGCUAUCACGGCUUCAUGAUCCUCCUAUCGCUCGUCUCCCGCCUUCAUGUACCUAUUUGUAUCCACACGCUCCCUAUGGCUUCGCCGAUCCGACCCUUCCCUUGCAUGGGCUCACUCCCCGUGUUCCCCAUUUUUCCAUUCUCCAUUCCGCCUCCCCAAUCUAUGCAUUCCUGCGUAUCUGUCUACUUUCGCCGUACUACGUACACUGUUGUCGUUGUUGCUCUGUGCGUUGAACGCAUGCUCUGUGGAUACCCCUGCUCUUCCACGCCAACGCUCCGUGUCCUUUCAUCCGUCUCCCGCCGUUCAUCCAUUCAUAUGGAUACCUGCUCUUCGGCCUUUACCCUUACUGUUUCUCUUCCCGUCCUCGUUCCAUUUCAUCGUGUAUUUUCACAUACCAUUAGCACCCUUGAAACUGUCCUUCGUGUACUUUCUAGUUUUUUUUUUUGGAAUGUUAAUACCUAAUCACAUACCUACAUAUGCAACACCAACAUCGAAUCUUGUAUCAUGUACAUAUGUUAUUUAUGCUACAAUCGUAAUCAGAGUAUUGUUUGACA